AUGUCUUGGGGAGGAUUCAAAAAGGCAAUCAACAGGGCUGGUGCCUCUGUCACAGUCAAGAGUGUAGAUAAAGUAAUGGAUAAGGACUUUGAUGUCGAGGAGCGAAGAUACAAAACAUUGAAAUCGGCUGGUGAGAGUUUACAAAAAGCAGCAAAAAGUUAUUUAGACAACAUCAGAGCAGUCACGAGAUCGCAAGUAGUCAUUGCCGAAAUUGUAUCCAACCUUUACGAGGAGUCAAAGCAAGGAGGAUCCGCAUAUUCUACAAUCGGAACAUACUACCAACAAAGUGUUCAAGAUUUUGAUGAGGAGACAGUAAAGCAAUUGGAUGGUCCAUUUAGAGAAACUGUUUUGGACCCAAUUACCAAAUUUGCGCAUUACUUUGCGGAGAUUGAUGAAGCCAUCAAGAAACGUGCCCAUAAAAAGACCGAUUACGAACAAUGCAAGUCAAAGGUGCGAAGGCUUAUUGAUAAACCAGCAAAAGAUGCAGCCAAGUUGCCCAGGGUCGAGAAAGAAUUGGCAAUAGCAAAGGAGAUAUAUGAAGACUUGAAUGAACAACUAAAGAAUGAGUUACCUCAAUUGAUUGCACUUCGAGUCCCCUUUUAUGAUCCAUCGUUUGAAAGUUUGGUAAAGAUUCAAUUGCGGUUCUGUACCGAGGGCUAUUCAAGAUUGGCUCAGAUCCAACAGUACUUGGAUCCAAACUCUAGAGAUGAAUACGCUAAUGGUGUAUUGGAUGGUAAGAUUGAUGAAUUGUUGGGUCAAAUGCAAACCUUGACUAUAACUUCGUUAGCUAAAUAA